AUGGGGAGUCCCCAAGGGUAUGGGGGCAGGUCACCUGGUGGUCGCAGUGAGAGCAGCAGCGAAAGUGAUGAAAGUGAUGGUGGCAGUGAUAAUGCAGAUGCGAUAAGUGGUAGUGAGGGUGGCAGCAGUGUUGGUAGUGACAGUGGGGGUGAUGGUGAGAGCGAAAGCAGUGGCAGCGAGGGUGGCAGCUACAUUGGGGUUGAUGAUGGCCCAAGCAGUCCUGCUUGUAGCAUGGUGCUGCAUUCCGAUGAUGAUGAGGAUGGGGAGGAGGGAGUGGAAGACGGUGGGGAGGAAGGUGGAGAGGAGUGUGGGCAGGAAGGUGGGAAGGAGGGUGGGGAGGGGGAUGAGAAGGAAGUUAGGGAGGAAGGUGGGAAGGAGGGAGCGGAGGAGGAGGCUGAAGAAACGAGAGGAAAAAGGGAUGGAGAGGAAAGCAGAAGUGAGGGAAGAGAGGGGGUACAGGGAGAGGAGGGAGGAGAGCAGGGAGGAGGAGGGGAGGGUGCCGUAACUCCGCUCAUCCCUGCUCCCACCACCUCCGUUGGUUCCUCAAUCUCUCAACCUCCGACCCAGUCCAUCAACCCAACACCUCAAUUGCACCUGCUUUCACGCCCAGCCACUGCUGUGACUCGCCAGCCCAGUGCUGCUCGCAGCUUCCUGCAAGGGCUCAGUGCAAGCAGGCCACAGCAGGGAGUGGGCAUGAGUGGUGAAGCAAAUCACGGCCCUUCCCCGCCACGCCCAGCCACUGCUGUGACUCGCCAGCCCAGUGCUGCUCGCAGCUUUCUCCAGGAGCUGAGUGCAAGUGCAAGCCGGCCACAGGGAGUGGGCAUGACUGCUGAGACGACUGAAGACCCUUCCUCGCCCUCUCGCCCAGCCACUGCUGUGACUCGCCAGCCCAGUGCUGCUCGCAGCUUUCUGCAAGAGCUCAGUGCAAGCCGGCCACAGGGAGUGGGCAUGGGGGCCAGCAGAGGGGGGGGGCGAGGGAACGGUGCAAAUGUUGUGAAUGUGACUGCAGAUGCAAGUGGUGUGGAGAGAGGCGGAGGUGGUGCUGUGAGCAGUGAACCUCCUGAGGGCGGUCAGUACAGAGGCGGCAGGCGGCGUUCCUUGGGACCGCAGCCGUCUGCCAGUAUCCUUGGUCCCAACGCAGAGGCAGAUUUCAGGCCUGCUGUCGCACACUGGCAGCAGCAGCAGCAGCAGCAGCAGCAGCACUCCCGAGGACACCUGGUCCGCGCUCACAGCACUGCAGCGCCUCAUGCAAGCAGGGCAGCAGCAGCAAGUGCGUAUGGCAUGCAUGGGGAGCAGCAGCAGCACCCGCAGGUGCAGCUAGUCCGCGCUCACAGCACUGCAGCGCCUCACGCCAACAGGGCAGCAGAAGCAGCAAGUGCCGCUGAUGUGUACAGGCAUGAGCACCACUCUCCAUCUCACCUGGUCCGCGCUCACAGCACUGCUGCGCCUCAUGCGAGCAGGGCAGCAGCAGCAAGUUCCUCUGACGUGUACAGGCAGCAUCAUCUCUCUUCAUCGCACCUGGUCCGCGCUCACAGCACCGCUGCACCUCGUGCCAGCAGCGCAGCAGUAGCAGCAAGGGCUGCUGGGAUGCCUUUAGAGCAUGUUCCUCGAGUGCCGUUCCUUCCUCACAUGCGGCCAGCACCGCUUCGUAGCUCCAGUAUGAGCUUGAUGGGUGAGUCUAUAGAGGGGAUGGAUGGGGAUAAGCAACUGGACGGAGAGAGGCUGUUUAUACAGAGGAUGAGGAGCGGGGGAAUGGUAGGAGGAGUCAGGGCAGAGGGCAUGGGUGGUGGAAUGGAAGGGGCAGGACGAGGAGGAAGGGGAGGGAGAGGAGAAAGAGGAGGAAGGGGAGGUAGGGGAUGGAGGGAAGGGAGAGGCGGUAUUGGAGAUGGGAGGAUGAUGCGGCCAGUGACUGCUGGCGGGAGCAUGAAUGUGUUGAGGCAUGGCAUGAAUGGUAGUGGGGACAUACCGGUAGGUGGUGGUGCAAGCAUGGGUGGUGGUGCAGGCAUGGGAAGCAGAGAAGGUGCUCGAAGAAUGGUGCCCAUGCACCAGGUACACAUGAACAGGAUGGGUAUGAGGCGGUGUGGCAGCUUGAAUAUGUCUGCUGAUGUGGACGCACCUUAUUGGGCUAGUCAUGCUGAUGACUUGGACGGGUUUCAAGAAGAAUUGGAUGCUGACGUGGAUGGAACGCGGGAUGGAGGUACGGAAGAUGGAUGGGGAGGUGGUGCUGAGUCAGCGGCGUGGAACCACGGGCCGGCUUAUGUGAGCAUGCCACAUCGGCCGUACUCUUCCGGGGGGGCUCCCAUGGGUGUGGCUAGAAGGGGGCACAUGGGAGCUGCACCAAUGAGCAUUGGGGGAUCUGAUGUGCCCAUGGGUGGGUAUGCUAUGAUGAUGAAUGGGAGGGACAUGGGCAUGGAUAUGGCGAAGGUGGGCCUUCAUAUACACAUGAGCAUGAGCAUAGCCCCACAAGUAUCACAAUAUGCAAGUGGGAUGGCCGGCUGUUGUGAUGACGAGGAUGAGGAUGAGUGUGGAAGCGAUUGGGCUCGUUCUGGUGAGCCUGCGUCACGGAGGUACACCCGUGGCCUUGAACGGAGCAGCAGUUCAGUAGCAUUUCUUCCAUCAGAUUAG